CAACUUUCCACAUCCGGCGAACCGCCUCCGCCCCGACCCGUCACCUCCGGCGCCAGCUAUAAAAACCCACCCCCCGCCUCCUCGUCCUCCUCAUCCCACUCCACUCACAUCACCACACAGCGCGCACCAGCUCACACUGCACCCACGAGCCUCUCUCUCACACCGUGACAAACCGACGAGCUGGCGGCGGCCAUGGAGAUGUUCCUGGACUGGCGCUCGGUGGGCUCGCUGAUCGCGACGGUCAUGGUGUUCCGGACGGCCAUGCGGGACUUCAUCCCGCCGGAGGCCGAGCAGUGGCUGCGCCGCCUGCUCGCGCGCCUCGCCGCCGCCUUCCGGGCGCCCACGGCCACCAUCCUCAUCGACGAGGCCGACGGCGCCAGCUCCGGCGCCACCAACGACCUCUACGACGCCGCGCAGCUCUACCUCGGCUCCCGCUGCCUCGCCGCCGCCCCCGCCGUGCGCCUCUACAAGCCGCGCCAGUCGGACCGCGCCGUCGCCUCGCUCCCGGACGCGCACACCGCCGACGACACCUUCCAGGGCGUCCGCGUCAAGUGGACCUCCACCGCGCGCCCCGUCGAGCGCGGGGCCGGCCACAACCCCUACAACGUGUUCGGUUCCCGCGGCGGCGGCUCCGGCGGCGACCACCGCAGCCUCGAGCUCCAGUUCCCGCGCCAGCACCGCGACUUCGUGCACGACACCUACAUCCCCCAUGUCAUCGACGAGGCCACCAGGAUGCGGCUCAAGUCGCGGGAGCGCAGGCUCUACACCAACCGCGCCGCCGCGCCCGGCGACGACCACCACCGCCUCUGGACCUCCCACACCUUCUCCCACCCCUCCACCUUCGACACGCUCGCCGUCGACCCGGCGCUCCGCGAGGAGAUCCGCGCCGACCUGCUCCGCUUCGCCGCCCGCCGGGAGCACUACGCGCGCGUCGGCCGCGCCUGGAAGCGCGGGUACCUGCUCCACGGGCCACCCGGCACCGGCAAGACCAGCCUCGUGGCCGCCAUCGCCAACCUCCUCGAGUUCGACGUCUAUGACCUGGAGCUCACCACGGUGCCCACCAACUCCCACCUCCGCCGCCUGCUCGUCUCCACCACGCCCAAGUCCGUCGUCGUCGUCGAGGACAUCGACUGCUCCCUCGACCUCUCCGACCGCAAGAAGAACUCCGGCGGCGCCGACGAGGACAACGCGCAGCUGGCGAUGCUCUCCCCGGCCGCGGCCGCGGCCAUGGCGGCGAUCGGGCGCGAGUCCAUCAGCCUGUCCGGUGUCCUCAACUUCGUGGACGGGCUCUGGUCCUCCUGCGUGGGCGAGCGCCUGAUGAUCUUCACCACCAACCACCCGGAGCGUCUGGACCCGGCGCUGCUCCGCCCGGGCCGCAUGGACCGCAAGAUCGAGCUCGGCUACUGCACGCCCGCCGCGCUCCGCGUGCUCGCCAAGAACUACCUGGGCGUCGGCGAGGACCCCGACGACGAGCCCGGCGCGGUGGUGGACGGCCUCAUGGCGGAGGCCGAGGGCCUGCUGGCCGCCGACGUGCGCAUCACGCCCGCCGACAUCGGCGAGGUGUUCAUGGGCUGCGACGGCGCGGGCGCCUCCGCCGCCCUGAGGAGGCUCGUCGGCGAGCUGCGCGGCAGGAGAGACUCGCCGGCCGCCGACACGGUGCAGUCCGGUGCAUUGACAGAGGAGAAGAUGGAGUGAGGCAGAUCAUCACACACUGAGAUUGACCAGUAGUACGUGGCUUGUUGCAGCAUUGCCCCGAGAGUUGCAGAUGAAAUUAACAUGAAUAAUUCCAUGAUAUCAGCACCUGAUGGAUCGAUGUACGGGUUCGUGUCAUCGUGUUGCGGGUUUGCAUACAAGCGGCUCCUUGAUCAUAUUGUAGUUUUUUAUUUUUAGUAUAUCGUAAUAAGUAGUAUUCCCUCUGUAUUAAAAUAAGUGACUUAAAGAUGAUUUAUUUUUGUAUUAA